AUGGAUUUCUCCUCAGUGUGGAAGAAAAGCUUCCUGCGCAUCAAGAACCUUGUUCUGAUUGGAGGACCAGAUGAUGGCGUCAUAACACCGUGGCAGUCCAGGUUUUACCCCCAUCUAAGCUUUACAAAUGAAAAAAAAACUUUCUUUUAGCAAACCAGUAAAGUAAAGUUAUACAUUUGUCAGGGCAGCACAAUUUCUUCCCUACAAAAAAAGAAAAACUGAAACAAACCACCUUUUAUAAGUGGAUUACUUUCUCUGGAUUAAUUUCCAAAUGUUCCAGUUAGAUUUGGAGUUUCCUAAACAAUCACUUUAGCUUAGUUUUUAUUGUCAUAAAGCUUGUGGUCGGUUCAUACUUAACCUUCUGUUCUAAUCCUUUCAAUACCUUAAACUUUAUUUUAAAUUAUCGCUCCUAUGAGGAACUAUCGUGUAAAAUCUGACAUCCCCUUGUGGACUAAAUGGUCCUCCUACAUGUUUCAACAGUGAUUUUUUUUUAACCAAAAAUAUCAUACCUGGAGUGACUGUUUCCUCUUUUCUGCUCAGCUUCUUUGGAUUCUAUGACAAGAAGGAAAACGUGGUGGAAAUGAAGGACCAGAGGGUGAGUUUCACUGCUGUUUUUCCCCACUUACGCGCCAAUCAACUCAGUGAUACUGCUAAACCAGUCUGCAUGUAGCAGACUUCAUCUUUUUCAUGAUAACUCUGUCUGUUGAGUAACUUGUUUUUCUGUUUGUUUGUCCUCUCAAAGUUUUACAGGAAGAAUUUGUUUGGACUGAAGAAACUGGAUGCUCGUGGGGGGAUAUCAAUGUGUGUUCGCCCUGGAGUGAAGCACUCGGAAUGGUACUCAAACAUCGCAGUCUUCAAAGACUGCAUUGAGAAGUGGUUAAUUUAAGUACCAGUCGGUGACAUAAUAGGAAAACAUCCUAUGAUGGUGCUGGUUUAUGAGCAGGCUUUGUUUUGCUCAGAAGAAAAGGAACUGUACAAAAAGUUUAACAAAGAGACGGAAAUAUAGUGUUUUUAAGUCAGACUCUUGGGGUCAUUUGAUUUCAACAUAUUAUCAUUCUUUAGCACAGUCCUCACCCUUUUAUGACAGGAUAUAACACCAAACCUAAGAGGGAAAAUACUUUGAAUGUUUCUUUUGUUCAGACUUUUCAAGCAGACUUUUUAUUAAGUUUAUAUCUAUUUUGAAAGCAUUUUACAGCUUUUAAAUGUCUUUUUCAGAUGCAUCCUUAAACACACGGUUAAAUUUUAUAUGGUAUUAGAAUAAAUUAUAUAUAUGAAAUGUGUCCAUGGAAGACCUGAGCAGGGAUUACUAGUUGCUGCCCUCUGGUGGAAUUUUCCGGUAUGUGUUUUGUUUCUGCGAUGAAUAGAAGAUAAACAGAUUAAUUCUCUAUAUUUCUGACAUAUGCAGUUUGAUAAUGAAAUAAAUUAAUUAAAAUGAUGUUAGUUUAUCUGCAUUAAUGCCCCUUUAGGAACAUCUCAAAAUCUCUCUGAUAGUUUGUUUUAGAGAUUUCGGUCAAGAUCAGAUCAGAUUCACCCAUCUCUGGUUUCAAUUUUUUCGUAUCAUUUGGGUUGGAAAUUCACUUUAUACUGUAACUAAUGAUGAUUGAAAACUGAUAUAAUGACAAAGAUAUGAUGUGCUCUACUCUGUUAGGUAUAAAUUAAGCAAGUUGCUCUUGCUUGCAUCAGCUGAACAUAAUAAAUAAUAGUAUGAUACAUCUGACUCCUGUGAUUACUGUGUAAUGGAAAAUUUCACAUUCUGGUUUUGAUACACUUCAAACUCCUUCAACUUACCAGCUGUUCUUUGUACCAACAAAUGGAAAAUAAAGUAAAAUUAAAACCAAAAGAUAAACAAUUAAUUCUCUGUUUCAGACCUUUGCAGUUUGACAAAAAAAAACCCUUUUUAAUCAGUUAAGAUUAUGUUAUUCUUCUGUAACGGUUACAGUCAGAAUCUGAUUCUUGAUAUAGUUGAUUUUGUAAAUUAUUUUGGACCUUAUUAAUUAAUUGUAAAUUGAAAGUGAUCUUUUUCCUGUAUAGAGAAGUUAUCUGGGAUUUUCUUUUUUUUAUAAUCAAAGAGAGGAGAAAAAAUGUCUUGUUUGGACUAGAAAAACUACAGACGACGCCGGCGACAGAAAACAGCAGGUAAAGUUCAGAUUACCGUAACUCCUCAACCGUUUGCGCAAACAACGUAAUUCUAACGGAAUCUAAAGGCUGAGAAGCGGAGCUUUGCGGUGAUAUAGGACACAUUACGGUACUCUGACGGCGCGCUGUAAAGGAGGGGAAGAAGGGCAGAGGAGCGAGGCAGCAGGCAACCGUUUACCUGCUGGACCUGUCCAUAGACUGUAUAUACUACGGACAACUUGGUUGCGCCUCCCGCCUGUGUACGGAUUUGAAGCCGAAAAGCUCUCGGUAUUUCCGCGAUUUUUCUUCAUUUCCUGAAACCACCACUUGCUCAGUAGCAUUGUGCGCAUUCGGCGGGAGAGUCGCCGAGAGUCGCUGUGAUGACGCUCGGCUCAAACAGCGUAUCCCCCGGGUGAGCUACGCAAUCUUUGUACGCCCAUGGGCUGUAUCAGGUGUCAAUCAUAGAAAGCACGAACCCCCUAAUAACUUAAAAAUGGGGCUGUACAGAAUAAAGAGGACUUGAGCACAAACCAGUCUUAGUGUAACUACAUGUCAACAUCACAAGCAGGGGGGAGAAAAAUGUAUUUUCUGUGUAAUAAAUUUCUAAAGUUUGUCCACAGCUUUAUUAGAUUUGCUGGCGGAGGCGGGAUUUAUGACCUAUACUGCAGCCCGUCACCAGGGGGUGCUGUUCUCAGAGUGGCUUCACCCAGCGAGGAGGCAGACGCUGUCCAUUCUAUAUACAGACUAUGGUCCUACCUUAUGGUAAGUGUAAAUCGAUUUAUUUUGUACGGGCUGGGCUGUUUUUUGCGGUGUCCAAUGUUGGUUUGCGGUGAGUAACGGUACUAGUGUUGAGCCACUGCAUUUAAAAUUAGCCUCAUUGUUUUCCUACUUGUUUGCCACUCUUCGAAAUUUCAUCAUGUUAAUGUGUGUGCACACAAACACACACAACUUGCACUUACAUAAACGUUUAAAAAUGUCUUAAACUGUUUCUGUCCCAGUUUCUUCUUUUCAUCUUGACAGCCUUGAAUUAAUUUUAUCACCAAGUUGAAAAUGUCCCCGGAUUUCAUUUCAGAAAAUCUGGUCACUUUUAUUAAGAUGAUUUUAUUCUUUUAUCACCAAACAGAUCUCCAACUCAGUGUUGUUACCAUCUCCUCAGUAAGGAGGAAAGUCGCUUGUGGCUGUCCGAGAAAUCGCUAGAAGUUGUUGUUGCAAGAUGAUGCCAUUGCCCCCUGUCUUCCUCGAGGUGUGUGUGUGUGUGUGUGUGUGUGUGUGUGUGUGUGUGUGUGUGUGUGUGUGUGGUGAUACAUUGAGCACAUUGAGUACUUUAAUUCCAAUAAAUGCCGAGUCAGCUUUGGGCGGGAUGGCACUGUUUGAUAGUAGGUGGCUUGACUGAAUGUUAUAAAAAGGAUGUGGUACAGGAAGUGCGCUCACACAUCCAAAGUCAAGUCCGGUUAAACUCAAAGUUAAAAACAGAUCGGUAGUUAUUCACCAGCACUGUUAAAUAUCCUAACAUCAAGUCUCCCUGUGCUCCUUCAAGGAUCCUCUUUCCAGGUAGAGAGAUGAAGAGUCUGCAGAUCAUUGGAGCGGUGUCUCUUCUGCUGCUGCUCAUGGGGGCUCACAUCGAAGGGUACAAGCCGGUUAUCAUCGUUCACGGGAUUCGUCAGGCACCAGAAGACCUAAAAGCAUUGACUGAGCACAUUGAACAGGUAGGACAGCUCAAAAGAGCUUUUGUGUGUACCUGAUUUUAUUGAAACUUGUUCUUCCUUGGAGAGAAGACAUUUUUAUAUCACUCUGAAAAACACUGUUUUUGUCUCCUUUAAAAUUCCUCAAAUUGUUAACAAACCAAAAACAAGCAAAUUAUGAGCAUCCAAGUGUUAGUAAGUGACAAAAGAUAAGCUAGAGUAUAAAUAAGAUCUUUUCAGAACUGAGACUCAUAGAAAUGAUAACUUUAUGAAAUCUAGAAUGAACACAUUAUGAAUAUGUAUAUAUAUAUAUAUGUAUUAUAGUAAAAUAGCUUUAGAGAAUAGUGAUUUAUAGAAACUUCAGUAACCUUAUCAAGUAAUAAUUUUGUAGUGAAUUAACAGGUAAAUAAAUAGCGAUCAAUAUACAUGUGCAGGAAGAUAACAACAUGCAUGUUUUCCUUUACUUCUUAAAUUAUUAGAAAACAAUUAGUAAGAAAAAUAAAUCAAUUAAAUGACUUAGUGUAUUGAUGUACACAUUAUUUACAUGUGAUGUACAUCUAUGGCUUUUUAAAUGGCCUUUUUAAUACAGGUAAUGUAUAAAUACGUGUCGAUUUCUUGUGUGAGUUUAGAUGGUGGAGUCAGGGUCAGGGUCAGGGGUUUUGGUUUAGGUGUUUGUGUCUUUUUUGUUUGUAUAGUGAUUUUGAUUUCGAUUGUGAAUCCUUUGGGUUGAGUUCGUCCAGUUUACUAAAGCUCUCAAAAGGGGUUUGUAGGUAAACGUCCCUAAAUACAAACAGUGAAGGAAAGCACAGGUGUCUUUGUCUUUACAGGUAACUCCUGUCAAAGAGCUCAUGUGUUGCAUUAUGUGAAGUCAUCAGGGAGAUAGAGAUUUAAUGCGUGAUUAUUGUCUUUUCCUCUGCUGUUCUCACUUUCUGUUUGUUUUUUUCAGGCGCAUCCAGGCACUGAGGUCCAUGUCAUCAGUUUGUUCGACAAGGAGAAGAGUUUCAAGCCGAUGUGGAAGCAGGUCAAUGGCUUCAGGACGGAAAUCAAGGCCAUCAUGCAGAAAAAUCCUAAUGGAGUUCAUCUUCUGUGCUACUCACAAGGUCCUCCUUCCCACUCAUAACACACUCACCUGAACACUUUUGAGCUCCUGUGAGGGGUUUUGUAAUGUAUGAAACAGACAGACCAAACCCUAACCCGUCCACUGUCAGAGAAAGAUAAAAAUGAGAUGGUAAAAAGAGAAGUGCCUCUCAGUCUGUCAAACACUAAGAGAAAUGAUCCCUCCCAGAUAAUGUUAGACAGAGUGGACAUUAUCUAUUCUGUUCAUAUUAAACACAAGGACAUCAAGAGGUCACAGAGAGGAAAGGCAGACAGAGUAUCUGUUAUCUGAGGGUCAGUUUACCAACAUAAUCACCAGGCAUGAAUGAAGGAAAACACACUGAACAAUGAGAUAUACUGAAUGCUCACUAUCAUACUCAUAAAUACACACAGACAUAAAGAGAAGAUGAACCAAAGAGAAGGAAGGAAAGAAAACAGACACAAGCUCACACUAAAGAUGAGGAGCAGUAUCUAAACAAGUUUGACACUCCAGUUUCUGUUUCUGACAGGACGUGUGGCUCUUUUUGACCACAAUGACUUAACACUUCUUGUCAUUUAUACUCUUAGGUCAGAUGUAUGUUCAUACUCAAGAGUUAAGAAGCAGCAGCUGUCAAACUUUAACCUCCACUUGGACCAACAGCUAGGGCAUCAUGUUGUGAUUUUUGAUUUAAGCAGAAAUAUUGAAUCAUUUUUUUGGAAGAUGAAAUAGUCCUAUGGUUCAUGCUUUUAAUAUUCUUUAUGUAUUUAUGUCGACUACUCUGUGACCAUUAUUGUCCGCUUUUUUCUAUCAGGUGGUCUAAUUUGUCGAGCAGUCCUCUACAGGAUUCCGUAUCACAACGUGCACACCUUCAUUUCACUGGCAUCUCCUCAAGCUGGGCAGUACGGAGGUCAGAGGACGUCAUUUUAUACUUUCAGCAUGUCUACAUAACACUUACCCUUCAGGGAACAGUGUUAUAAAAAAAUGUAAAAGAAUACAAUUUAAUGGUUUGCAAUUCAUUUUAAUCUAAAGAGCUCAUAUUUUCAAUAAAACAAAGUUUUCAAUUUCAGCAUUAUCACAUAGUCUUUGUACUGUUUUCAAUUAAAUUUAGACUUUAAAUGAUUUGAAAACCAUCAAAUUUUGUUUUAUUAAUAUUUCAUGGAGUGUCUCACCUCAUUUGGAAGUUGGAUUGUAGACCUGAAAUCCAAACAAAUAAGAUUACUGUCUUUUUUUCAACAGUCCCUGACGCCGUGCUGGAUUGGUUAAUCUCGAAGAAAUUUGUUUCAAGCCAGUGCUACAAGAAGGGACUACAACAGUCCUUUUGCGACUACUGGAAUGGUGAGAAUGAGAGGGGUCUGCAAUGAUUUGAAAAGCAGAUUUUUUCUACUUUGUCUACUUUAUCUACUUUGUAUCCAUCAGCUGGUACUUCCAGGUUUCUAAGGGAUUAAAACGAGUUAUUCUUCCGGUCCAAUUUGAAUAGUUUUUGCUCAACAUUAUAGAUGUUUGGCUCUACAUUCAGACAUUGGCAGGCCAGUCAUCAUAUUCAACUGUCUCUAAAUUGUAUAAACAGUCAUGAUUGGCCUGAUCAGCUCCAUGUCAGAUAGAAAUUUUUCUUGAUAGAUCUACCAGAGCAUAAGAAAGCUGCACAUUGAUCUGUUUCAUUGACAUUAAUAUCUACCUUAAUUUACCUCCUGGUUUGUAUAGUAGGUGUGUAAAGACCUGAAUCUUUCUCUGCAGACCCUCAUCGCAGGUCCAUGUACCGGAACAACAGCGUCUUUCUGGCCCCGAUUAAUGGUGACAGACCAGACCCAAAAAUGAAAGGUAAUGACUGAAGUACUUUAACAGGCCGUAGUGUUUCAUUAUUUUCAGUACAGUAAAAAAGUAAAUUCAUGGAUUUCUCCUCAGUGUGGAAGAAAAGCUUCCUGCGCAUCAAGAACCUUGUUCUGAUUGGAGGACCAGAUGAUGGCGUCAUAACACCAUGGCAGUCCAGGUUUUACCCCCAUCUAAGCUUUACAAAUAAAAAAAAAACCUUUCUUAUAGCAAACCAGUAAAGUAAAGUUAUGGAUUACUUUCCCUGGAUUAAUAUCCAAAUGUUCCACUUAGAUUUGGAGUUUCCUAAACAAUCACUGAUAAUAUCUUUAAUAAUAAAUAUACUUCUUGGACUAGCAUAGCUUAGUUUUUAUAGUCAUAAAGCUUGUGGUUGGUUCAUACUUAACCUUCUGUACUAAUCCUUUCAAUACCUUAAACUUCAUUAUAAGUUAAUGCUCCAAAGAGGAACUAUCGUGUCAGAUCUGACACCCCCUUGUGGACUAAAUGGUCCUUCAUUACCCUGUCUCCUACAUGUUUCAACAGUGAUUAUUUUUACAAUAAUAUCAUACCUGGAGUGACUGCUUCCUCUUUUCUGCUCAGCUUCUUUGGAUUCUAUGACAAGAAGGACAACGUGGUGGAAAUGAAGGACCAGAGGGUGAGUUUCACUGCUGUUUUUCCCCCCUUACGCCCCAAUCAACUCAGUGAUACUGCAAAACCAGUCUGCAUGUGACAGACUUCAUUUUUUUCAUUAUAACUCUGUCUGUUGAGUAACUUGUUUUUCUCUUUGUUUGUCCUCUUAAAGUUUUACAGGAAGAACUUGUUUGGACUGAAGACCCUGGAUGCUCGUGGGGGGAUAUCAACGUGUGUUCGCCCUGGAGUGGAGCACACAACAUGGUACUCAAACUUCACAGUCUUCAAAGACUGCAUUGAGAAGUGGUUAAUUUAA